UCCGCUGGCUGCUAGCGGUGUGGGAUAGUUGAGAUGCAUUUUGUGAAUAUUGAACCAGCUGAAGUUUCACGAAGUAACGAAAACGAAUAGAUACAAAUAAUUUCGUUUGCCACGCGUGGCCAGUAGCUAUGGUGCUUGUCUUAUGUGUGGCGCGAAUUACAGCCGGGUAACUACUUUCGGCUUGUCAUCUGUGAGCUGUGGCAUAGGAUCUUGAUGCCUGUGGAUUGAUUGGGGUGCUGUCAGGAUGUGUUCAUACUCGUCACUAAGUCGAUGCCUGAGGUCGUUUUCAAGCUGACGAUCUGCAGGCGGUCAGGCGCCCAUCACAUUUUCAACAACAGCACAUCAGCUGCUGCUCCCGGUAUCCUCGUCGUCUCGUAUGUGGCGUAGGCUGGUGUACACAUCGACAUGCAGGAGAGAUUUGAUGGAGUUUUUUGACGACGAGAAGAAUUGGGGCGCGGACGAGGUCCGAGUCGGACGGGCGUGGAAGGCGGAGGAGCUGAGGCUGAAGAGUAACCAGGACCUGCACAAACUGUGGUACGUGCUGCUGAAGGAGCGGAACAUGCUGCUGACAGCAGAGCACUUCUACGAAAAGACGGAGAAGGAGCUGUUUCCUAACCCGGAACGUAUCGAUAAGGUGAACGAGAGCAUGCAGAACCUGGAGCUGGUGGUGAAGGAGCGCAACAAGGCCUACUGGCAGCUGGAGGUGUCGGAGGCCGAGGAUGGCUGCCGCCCGGUGCGCCACGAGAGGAACCAGUUCGGUAUCCUGACGGACCGGCCGCUGGAGGAGCAUGUGGAGCCGGAGACGGAGGAGAACCGGGUGCGGCCGGCGCGGCCAUACGUCAACCGCGACGUGGCUAACUUCCUGAAGCUGCGGCGCGAGGCGGAGCGCACCGAGGCCAACAGGCAGGCCAGGCGUCAGCACCGGCACGUCAUCGGCCUGCUGAAGAGGUUCCCAGACCUGGACGACGACCUGCUGCGCGAGAAGUACCCGGACGUCGACCUGGACAAGGUCCGGCGCGACAAGCGGCUGCGCGGCAACUGUGAGAACAGCGCGUGAGGCGGCGGCGGCGGCCGGACGCGAAGGUGCCCUCCGCGAAAAGACACGCGUUCAUGUGGUGAGAUGAGGUUCUGAAGAGGAGCCGAGUGAGUGCCGGGUGCGGAUGCGGAUGUCAGGCAUUGUUGCGUGCUUCACCACUGGAAUACAACGAGUGCGGUUCGA